CACAGUGCAGACGCAGAGAUCUCAUCGCUGUCAGAAGAGUCGCGCACUUGUACUCUUCCUUGAGUUUUUCAUUUAGCAAAGCAAACACUUUAUGUAGUCAUCUUUUUUUCUUGUAACAUUGCUGGUUUCUUAAUUUGAGCGCAUCACAGGACAUCCGCGGUCUCCAGCGCUCCUCCAGCACAGACGCUGAUUCUCUGUCGCCCUGCUGCGGUCCUCGCUGGAGCUGUGAGAUUGUAGUAAGCGCCGCAGGAUCCAGAACUGCAAAACUGUUUGAAGAAGAGAGCUUCCUCUUGUCCCGCCCGCCCAUGGAAGGCGACGUUAUGGAUAAACUGGAGGACAUGGCCUCAGUGUGCGAGUUCGACCCUAUCACGGGGGAUAUUCCCGCCACCAAAGUGGAGAUCACCGUCUCGUGCAGAAACCUGUUAGAUCGGGACACGUUCUCCAAGUCUGAUCCUUUGUGUGUUCUGUACACUCAGGGAGUGGAGUCUAAGCAGUGGCGUGAGUUUGGGAGAACUGAAGUCAUCGACAACACCCUGAACCCAGACUUUGUGAGAAAGUACAUCCUGGACUAUUUCUUCGAGGAGAAGCAGAAUCUGCGCUUUGACAUAUAUGACAUUGACUCCAAAAGUCCUGAUCUGGCCAAACACCCCUCCGAUUUCAACGACUUCCUGGGUCAGACCUUCUGCACUCUGGGUGAGAUAGUGGGUUCACCAGGCAGUCGUCUGGAAAAGCCUCUGGGUGGCAUCCCUGGGAAGAAUUGUGGUACCAUUAUUCUCACCGCAGAGGAACUCGGAAACUGUCGGGACUGUGCAACAAUGCAGUUCUGUGCCAAUAAGCUGGAUAAGAAAGACUUCUUUGGCCGCUCUGACCCGUUCAUGGUGUUCUACAGAAGUAAUGAGGACGGAACGUUCACUAUCUGCCAUAAAACUGAAGUGGUAAAGAAUACGCUGAACCCCGUCUGGCAGCCGUUCACCAUUCCUGUCAGAGCGUUGUGCAAUGGAGAUUAUGACAGGUCAAUUAAAGUGGAGGUGUACGACUGGGACAGAGAUGGCAGUCAUGAUUUUAUCGGGGAGUUCACCACCAGCUACAGAGAGCUCUCUCGUGGUCAGAGUCAGUUCAACGUGUUCGAGGUGGUAAAUCCUAAAAAGAAACUCAAAAAGAGGAGAUACAUCAACUCUGGCACAGUGACACUGCUUUCAUUCUCGGUGGAGGCCGAACACACGUUCCUGGACUACAUCAAAGCAGGCACUCAGAUCCAUUUCACAGUGGCCAUUGAUUUCACUGCGUCCAAUGGGAACCCUUCUCAGUCUACCUCCCUGCAUUACAUGAGCCCCUAUCAGAUGAACGCGUAUGCAUUGGCGUUGAAGGCCGUGGGCGAGAUCAUUCAGGACUAUGACAGCGAUAAGAUGUUUCCUGCAUUGGGCUUUGGAGCCAAACUUCCUCCUGAUGGCCGGGUUUCCCAUGAAUUUCCCCUGAAUGGUAAUGUAGAUAACCCAUACUGCAACGGGAUGGAGGGCAUCCUAGAGGCUUACCACGAGAGUCUGAAGACUGUCCAGCUCUACGGACCCACCAAUUUUGCUCCUGUCAUCAACCAUGUAGCAAGGUAUGCUGCAGCAGUUCAAGACGGCUCGCAGUACUUUGUGCUUCUCAUCAUCACAGACGGUGUGAUAUCAGAUAUGGCUCAGACUAAAGAAGCCAUCGUCAAUGCGGCAAAACUACCUAUGUCCAUUAUUAUUGUUGGAGUUGGCCAGGCUGAGUUUGAUGCCAUGGUUGAACUGGACGGCGAUGAUGUAAGAAUAUCCUCCAGAGGAAAGCUGGCGGAGAGGGAUAUAGUACAGUUUGUACCAUUCAGAGACUACAUGGAUAGGACAGGAAACCAUGUCCUGAGCAUGGCACGGCUUGCCAAGGAUGUCCUGGCCGAGAUCCCGGAUCAGUUAAUUUUAUAUAUGAAGUCAAGGGGCAUCAAGCCCAACCAGACACCACCAGACUACAGCCCACCUGGGCUCAGCCCAACCCCCACCGUAUGAGUUUACCCAGCCUGCUGAAAUAAAACAGGUGAUGUUAUGUCACCUCCAAUUUGGAUCUCGUUCAAAGCCAAUACAACUGAUUCAGUGUGAGGCGUCUAGGAGAGCGGAUGGAUUCAAUUCCCGGUUUUUGGAUCUCAUACACUGGAGAAAUUGAAAACUCUAUCUGUGUUCUAGAGGUUGAACUGGAAAGAACGGUACUUAUUGAUCUGUGAGUUGGUUCCCUCCUCAUAAUUUCUUUACAAAUUAGCCAACAUUUAUAGUUUGGAUCAGUCUCAUUCAGAUUCAUACGUCCGACUUUGCGCAAGCAAUGCAAUUUUCUGCUUAUUUAACAUCUCAACAUCUAUAAAAACGCUAUAGGUCUUGUGUGUCAGCAUGUGAGGACUGUGUGUUAUAUUAGGAAAAUCUUUCUUGUAUCUGCCAGAGGAGGCAAACGAGCAUCACUAGAAAGUGUGAUUUAAAAAAAUAGUGAAACUAAGUGGUUGUUUGAAAUAUUAUACCCUGUACGGGUCAUCUGUUUAGUGAAAUUGUUUGAUUUGUUUCUAGAAUUUGUAGAUAGUUUGUGUUAUGGUGGUUUUAUUUUUUCCAUGGGGUUUGGGCAAAGUCUUUUUAGUACAAAGUUAUAUUUCCCAUUGCAGUGUCCCAUUUAUAGCUUUUUAGAGCUAUGAUAAACAAGAUUUUCUAUUCUAAAGCAUGAAAUCCAGGUAAAAACAAUUGUACAUUGCAUUAAUACAUUGUAUUAAAUGUAUUUACAUACUUUAGAUGAAAUCAGUAAAGGAAAAUCCAAUGUAAGCACAAAUAUUUUCUUAAAG